AUGCUAGACACUCUGCCGUGCGAGAUCUUGACGAUGAUUGCCGACUGGUUGCCACCUGCCAGUCUCCGUGCGCUCGGCCGAGUAUCGUCGGGAUUAUAUUCUGUGCUGGUCCCGCAACUCUACCGUGCGGUGACGUUCCGCGCUGCGAGUGAGUGGGCGCUGAAUGUCCUCGACGUCGAUUCUUUCCUGCUCCACCAUGGGCAUUCAGGGACCACCAGCUUUCUUCAACACACGCGACAUCUAUAUAUCCAGGCUCCGAUCCACCUGGCCCGGUUUAACCGUUGUGCCUACUACAACAUCUUCCGCACGGCAGGACUAGCCCAAGGCCCGUCUACUCUCGGCGCCGCGGAUGAAACAAGGGCGCACGAACAAUUCCUGAACGACACUGCGGACCAGCUCCAUGUUGUCCUUGCGCAGUUAAAGCCGGAUAGCCUGCGUACUUUUCAAUGGCGCCUGGGCACUUGUAUCCCGGCGGGGGUUUUGGACGAAGGAGGCUACCUAAGCAGGCAUCAAAAACGCCUUACAUGCCUCUCGCUGGUCACCGAUGGUACUUGCCCCCACGCACGGCAUCAUCUGAACGGUCUAUCCCAAUUAUCGAGUUUGACUAAACUGGAGUGGGAAGGAAUCCAGCAUCCGGCCGAGGUUGAAUCACUGCGGCAGUGCAUCCGGCGUAACAGGAAGCAUCUGACUGAUCUGUCCAUUGGAUUUGUGUUAUCUCCCAACGCCCGGAGCCUGCGCUGGGACGUCCUGGGAUUGCGUUGGCCGGGCGCGGGGCCCUGCGACGAAGACGAGUCCAUUCCUUUUCCGCCCCUUUCAAUAUUGUCACUUUAUAAAGUGUCACUCUCAGGGGAUCUGCGAGAUUACUCCUCCUUUCGUAGCCUCCAAGCGUUGUCAUUGCGUGACUGCCCGAACGUGCUUCGCUUCUUACGUUCAUUGUCUGGAUCACGAAGCACGCUGAACCUCCGAGAGUUUGAACUGUGCUGUGAUUUUUUGCUGCACGAACCCGAUGACGAUUACGAAUUUUCUUCGGUUGUUAGGUUUUUGUUCUCUUUUCGGGGACUACAGCAUCUCCGUUUGAGGUUAUCCAAUUUCCCGGAGUUGGGCUUCCGAGUUGAAGAUGCCAUCCGACACCACCGACCAACACUCGAGAGCCUGGUUUAUCAUCAGCGCCAGCUCGCGCCGAUCGACAACGAAGGGCUGUUCGAGGAUGAUCGGGACGUGUCGCCAGAUUGGAUCCCAGGUCUACCGGCUAUCGUGGACCUGUGCCGGGUAACUACGCUGGCGCUGUGUACGAGUCCAUCCGCUGCGCGGAUGUGCCUUCAACCUGCAGCCGCAUAUUCCACGCUUCAGGUUUUGCAUCUGCGGUUCAGCGGUGCCGAGAGAAUCCACCGGGACAUCCGACACGAGGUACUCGCUCUUCUACGCAAAAGACGAAGCGGGUGUCCGCCCACAGAUCAUGUGGACGAAGUGGCCGAGAUUCCGGUGUAUUCCGGAGGCGAAAGCGACCACGUAGAAAUGGAUACUCCCUCGGCCCCGUCCGAGACGGAGGAUUUUGUGGCUUUUGCCGAAUGGGCGUUCGGCCCGAGCGGCUUGCCGGCGCUGCAGGUUCUCGCAUUUGGGGACUUCUCCCACAACGAUCGGUACCCCGGGCAGCAGUUUUUGGUGCGGCGGAAGGGCCAGCCGGGGCAAUGCAGCGGCAAAGGAUCGGAUCCCUCGGUCUGCAAUAACCCUAAUGGCUUCCCAUUCUGUCCAGCGAGCAUGGAUGAUCCCUCGAUUUGGGACCGUGUCUCGUUAGACGGGGCUCGACUUCUCACUGCAUGCCCGGGCGGUGGCUUGAUCGAGUCCCCGUAUGAGCUAUAG